CUACUCGACUUAGGUGCAGAUACCAACGUCCAAGGGGGGGAUCACGGAACAGCCCUGCAGGCAGUUUGCUACUCUUAUUCCAGCAGGGAUGAAGACGCUUGUAUCAAGGUCGCGAAGCUCCUCAUCGCUCUCGGCGUCGACAUCGCGGCUCAAGGAGGAGAGCAUGGCAACGCACUGAACAAUGCCUGUGCAUCCAAAGGCUAUGAUGGUAUGUGCUGGUAUAUUAUGGUGGAAUUGCUCCUGAAAAACGGCGCCGAUGUGAAUGCCCAAGGAGGGCCAUACAACAACGCUCUACAAACAGCCUGUCACUAUGGGAACUCUGACCUUGUGCCGUUACUCCUGGCCUGGGGAGCAGAUGUCCAUGCCCAGGGCGGUGCGUUUACAACUGCGCUCCACGCUGCUUCCUGCGCAGCUGGGAAUAUGAAGCUGGUCCGACUCCUCCUCGAUCGCGGCGCAGAUGUAAACCUUCAAGGUGGCGGAUAUGGAUCUGCACUUCAAUCUGCUUGCCACUGGGGGCAUACCGAAGUCGUGCUGGCUCUGCUUCUUGAGAUUUGCCCGGAUAUUGAUGUAAAUGCGCAAGGCGGAGAGUAUGGUUCUGCGUUACAGGCAGCAGCGUGGUCUGGCCAGGCUGAAUCAAUCAAGCUUUUGAUCGAGAAAGGGGCUCAUGUCAAUGUACGAGGCGGCAAGUAUGGGAGUGCAUUAAAUGCUGUCAUUAUCAUGGGUUACUGGAAUAUUAUCAAAAUAUUGCUUGAGAAUGGUGCGAGGCCGGACUUUCACUGGCGGGACGAGAUAGACGAAGAUUGGUUGGACCAGGUUCAGAAAGAACAUGGGCGAGGGGCUGUAGAAAAGUAUAGGAAGUUCUGGGAAGUGGUAAAGAGGAAGUUAUCUGGAACAAACCCAGAUAACAGCGUAUGGGUGGCGAAGACUUGA